GCAAGCAACUGUGGCCACUGUAGCACUCGAUUCGCAAGCGUGCGUCAGUUGCUAAGCAAACGCCGCCUUCUUCCUCUUUCCAUCCUGCCUUUUGCCUCUUCCUCCAUCCUCCUUUGCCGCAACUCAUCGACUUUCCCGCCCGGGCCUGACGAAAGUUGCAAUCUGUUUUUAUACCGCGCACCUCUCAUUUUCUUUCCUGUCCCUUUGUGCGCCAGACAUCCUUGUGUACAAGCUUGCUCCGUCUGUGAGUGCCUAGGCAACUCAGCUACUCCGAUUCCGCACAACAAGCCAUCCCAUCAUCCAUCAUGUCUUCUCAGCCUGAAGAGCCCAAGAAGAAGGUCAACUUGACUGACCCUUCUGGUGCGGAGAUCAAGAACGAAGAUGACACUUCGACCGCCAUUCUCAAGAAGAAGAAGAAGCCUAACCAGUUGAUGGUCACCGACGCCGUCAACGAUGACAACAGUAUUAUCGCCCUCUCCGAGGCCACCAUGGACGCUCUCCAGCUCUUCCGUGGUGAUACCGUCCUCGUCCGAGGCAAGAAGAGAAAGGACACCGUCCUCGUCGUCCUCGCCGAUGAGGAGCUCGACGAGGGCAGCGCCCGCAUCAACCGAGUCGUCCGCCACAACCUCCGCGUCAAGCACGGCGAUAUGAUUACCGUCUUGCCUUGCCCUGACAUCAAAUACGCCAAGCGCGUUGCCAUUCUCCCCAUUGCCGACACCGUUGAGGGCAUCACGGGCAACCUCUUCGAUGCCUACCUCAAAGACUACUUCCUUGAAAACUACCGCCCUCUGCGACAAGGAGAUCUCUUCAUUGUCCGUGGUGGUAUGAGACAGGUCGAGUUCAAGGUCGUCGAGGUUGACCCUCCAGAGUACGGUAUCGUUGCCCAGGACACCGUCAUCCACUGUGAAGGCGACCCCAUUGAGCGUGAUGAGGAAGAGAAUAACCUCAACGAGGUUGGCUACGACGAUAUUGGUGGCUGUCGCAAGCAGAUGGCUCAGAUCCGUGAAAUGGUUGAGCUUCCUCUGCGCCACCCGCAGCUCUUCAAGUCCAUUGGUAUCAAGCCCCCUCGUGGUGUCUUGCUCUACGGUCCUCCUGGUACUGGUAAGACACUGAUGGCUCGUGCCGUUGCCAACGAGACUGGUGCCUUCUUCUUCCUCAUCAACGGUCCCGAAAUCAUGUCCAAGAUGGCCGGUGAAUCCGAGUCCAACUUGCGCAAGGCUUUCGAGGAGGCUGAGAAGAACUCUCCCGCCAUUAUUUUCAUUGACGAAAUCGACUCAAUUGCCCCCAAGCGUGACAAGACUAACGGUGAAGUCGAGCGCCGUGUCGUCUCCCAGCUGCUUACCCUCAUGGACGGCAUGAAGGCUCGCUCCAACGUUGUCGUCAUGGCCGCCACUAACCGUCCCAACUCCAUCGACCCUGCCCUCCGACGUUUCGGCCGUUUCGAUCGCGAAGUCGACAUUGGUAUCCCCGACCCUACCGGUCGUCUUGAGAUUCUCCAGAUCCACACAAAGAACAUGAAGCUUGGCGACGAUGUCGACCUGGAGCAGAUUGCUGCCGAGACCCACGGUUACGUCGGUUCCGAUGUGGCUGCCCUCUGCUCUGAGGCUGCCAUGCAGCAGAUUCGUGAGAAGAUGGACCUCAUUGAUCUUGACGAGGACACCAUUGACGUUGAGGUCCUUGAGUCCCUCGGUGUCACCAUGGAGAACUUCCGCUUCGCUCUUGGCGUCUCCAACCCCUCUGCCCUUCGCGAGGUUGCCGUUGUCGAGGUUCCCAACGUCCGCUGGGAGGAUAUUGGUGGUCUCGAGCAGGUCAAGCAGGAUCUCCGCGAGAGUGUCCAGUAUCCCGUCGAUCACCCCGAAAAGUUCCUCAAGUUUGGCAUGUCUCCCUCCCGAGGUGUUCUGUUCUACGGACCCCCCGGUACCGGUAAGACUAUGUUGGCCAAGGCCGUCGCCAACGAGUGCGCUGCCAACUUCAUUUCCGUCAAGGGUCCUGAGCUGCUUUCCAUGUGGUUUGGUGAAUCCGAGUCCAACAUUCGUGACAUUUUCGACAAGGCUCGCGCUGCCGCUCCUUGUGUUGUUUUCCUCGAUGAGUUGGAUUCCAUUGCCAAGGCCCGUGGUGGCUCUGUCGGUGAUGCCGGCGGUGCCUCUGACCGUGUCGUCAACCAGCUUCUUACCGAAAUGGACGGCAUGACCUCCAAGAAGAACGUCUUCGUCAUUGGUGCCACCAACAGACCCGAGCAGCUUGACCCUGCCCUGUGCCGUCCCGGCCGUCUUGACUCGCUCAUCUACGUUCCUCUGCCCGACGAGCCUGGACGAUUGAGCGUUCUCAAGGCCCAGCUCCGCAAGACCCCCGUUGCCGACGAUGUCGACCUCGGCUACAUUGCCUCCAAAACCAACGGCUUCUCUCCUGCCGAUCUUGGUUUCAUUACCCAGCGCGCCGUCAAGAUUGCCAUCAAGGAGGCCAUUACUGCCGACAUUGAGCGCACCAAGGCUCGCGAGGCUGCUGGUGACGAGAUGGAGGUUGAUGAGGAUGCUGAGGACCCCGUUCCUGAGCUGACCAAGGCUCACUUUGCCGAGGCCAUGCAGAUGGCCCGCCGCUCCGUCUCUGACGUUGAGAUUCGCCGCUACGAGGCCUUUUCUCAGCAGAUGAAGAAUGCCGGCCCCGGUGCCUUCUUCUCGUUCCCCGAGGAUGGUGCUGCCGCCGGUGGUGCUGGUGGCGACUCCUUUGGUGACGCCGGCAACGAUGACGGUCUUUACGAUUAAACCAGUUAUUUUCCGGACCAAGAAGGUCCCACGAACUUUGUAUUUUAGGACGCGUCAGGUCAGUUGCGAGAGGUGAUGCUUUAAAUAGUGAGAGGAGGUCUUCGCGCCCCUGGCUGCAGAGCCGCAUUGUUUUUACGUCGGACAUGUUUCUCGCAUCGCAAGACAGCUCGAUAAGAUUAGUUUGAUAGAUGUGCAAUUGAUUCCCUUAUGAUAG